GCACCAUGAGGCUGAGGUUCUGUAGAACCUCCAGACCGACUAGUUCAGAACCGGGUACUGCUCUUAUUGUGAAGGGACAGAUCUAAUUGUGAAGGUCCCGCUCUUAUUGUGAAGGUCCCGCUCUUAUUGUGAAGNGCCCCUCCCUCCGUCGGAUCAGAGUCCAGUCCCGUCCCGUCCCGGACCGAAGCGGAACCGAAGCGGAGCCAUGUCCUUCCUGCUGCCGCUGCUGAUCAGCCUCCUGCUCGGGCUGCUGCUCUGGAUCCUCCGCGGCAGAACCAGGAAACCAGGCGAGCCGCCACUGGUGAAAGGCUGGAUCCCCUUCGUUGGGAAGGCUCUGGACUUCGGGAAGGACGCUCACAAGUUUCUGGAGGAACUUAAGAGGAAGCAUGGGGACGUGUUCACGGUCCAGAUCGCAGGUAAAUACAUGACCUUCAUCAUGGACCCCCUGCUGUACCCCAGCAUCAUCAAGCAGGGCCGGCAGCUGGACUUCCAUGAGUUCACCGAUAAGGUGGCUCCUCUGACCUUCGGCUACCCUCCCGUCCUCGGCGCCACCUUCCCCGGCCUCUGGGAGCAGAUCAGGCGCUCCUUCCAGCUGCUGCAGGGGGACCACCUGGCGCCUCUGACAGAGAGCAUGAUGGGUAACCUGAUGCUGGUGUUCCGUCAGGACCACCUGAACGGGGCCGGUGACUGGAGGAGAGGGAGCCUGUACGACUUCUGCUGCUCCGUCAUGUUUGAGGCCACCUUCCUGACCAUCUAUGGCAGACCGACGACUGGCGUCCGCCACGGAGGGAUGGACCGUCUGAGGAACGACUUCCACAAGUUUGACAACAUGUUCCCGUUCCUCAUUGCUCAGAUUCCCAUCUGGCUGCUGGGGCGGACCCCGGCCAUCCGCCAGAAGCUGAUCUCCUACUUCCUGCCACAGCACAUGUCCCGGUGGACCAACACUUCCCAGUUCAUCCGGAGGAGAGCGGAGCUGUUUGAGCAGCACGACAAGCUGAAGGACGUCGAUAAAGCUGCUCAUCACUUUGCUAUCCUGUGGGCGUCAGUGGGCAACACGCUUCCGGCUUCCUUCUGGGCCGUCUACUUCCUGGUGAGUCAGGCGGAGGCGAUGAAGGUGGUCCGCCAGGAGAUCGUUGACGUCCUGCGGGACGGCGGCGUGGACUUCAGCACCAGCAGCGACGUCGUGCUCAGCAAAGAGCAGCUGGACAAGCUUAUCUUUCUGGGUACGUUCCAGUUCACGUUCAGGUCAGUGGCGAAGCGGGUGGAUGACGGGCCGUCUCCAUCCCCAGAGAGCGCCAUCAGCGAGAGCCUCCGCCUGUCCUCGGCCUCCAUGAACAUCCGGGUGGCCCAGGAGGACUUCAGUCUGCGGCUGGACUCCAACCGAUCAGUGGGCGUCAGGAAGGGAGACGUCAUCGCCCUGUACCCUCAGAGUCUGCACCUGGACCCCGACGUCUACCAGGACCCACAGACGUUCCGGUUCGACCGCUUUGUGCAGGACGGCAGAGAGAAGACGGACUUCUCCAAAGACGGACAGAAGCUGCGCUACUACCUGAUGCCGUUCGGCUCCGGAUCGUCCAUGUGUCCCGGACGAUACUUUGCCAUCAACGAGAUCAAGCAGUUUGUCUGUCUGCUGCUGCUGUACUUCGACCUGCAGCUGGAGGACGGGCAGAACCGACCCGGUUUGGACCCCAGCCGAGCCGGUCUGGGAAUCCUGCUGCCCUCCUCGGAUGUCCGGUUCCGCUACAGACUGCUGUCUGUGUGACGCGGAGCGGCGCUGAAGUCCAGAUGUCUUGUUCCCUCUGAAGGCUCUCAGGGUCUGGACUCAGUCCGGAGGUUUGGGUUCUGGUCGGGUCUGUGACCCGUCCAGAACAUCCAAGCUGGAAUGUGAUUGAUCCUGAUUCUUUCGUUCAGUGUAGACCUGUUGGGAGCACCAGAACCUGAACUCUACUCUUCCUUUAACCCAAUCAGAGUUCCACUGACGACGUCCUGAACCGUCCGUCCGCCCGUCCAUCUCCCCAGGUUGUCCUCCAUCGUCCCUCCCCAGGAUCAUCCAUCUCUGGUCUCCCCAGGUUGUCCUCCAUCGUCCCUCUCCAGGAUCGUCCAUCUCCGGUCUCUCCCAGGUUGUCCUCCAUCGUCCCUCUCCAGGAUCAGGUCAGGUGAUUCUGUCCAGAGGAGCGAGGCAGAGCCACCUCGACAUUCCUGAACUGUUCCCUGUCCAACAUGGCGUCCUCAGUGGGUCCCUGUCUACAAGGUGCUACUACAGGUGUCCUCAUGUCCGGUCCUUCAUGGACGACCUGUCUCCAGUCCAACACGCCUGGUCCACCUCCUCGGUGUCCAGCCCAGUUCGGUCCAGAGACGACCUCAUUAUUGGACUCGGGUGUUGAAACAGAGACGCGUCCAGAAGCUAUGGGACAGGAGGACACCACGGGGACACCGGGAGGACUGUGACGGCGCUGCAGCAGAGAUCCUGCUGAAUAGAGGGACUGACUGCUAACAGCGCCUCCUGCUGGUCAAGCUGCAGAACUGUCCCGGAUUAAAACUGGUUCUGAUCCGAUUUGUUAUGUAAUUUUAUCCACAGUAGGAAUUAAUUUUCUGUCUCGUGUUUUAUUAACCUUAAUCCUUAUUUUAAUUCACUGUUUUUAUAUUAAACCGUAUGUUUUCUAUCUAUGCUUCAUGUUUUACUAGGUUGUGGUUCUUAUUGGUUUGGGUCGGAACCGACCCAGAUAUUCUUCACUUCCUGUUUCUUCCAAAUAAAAACUUUAAAUAUGA